GGGCGGGGCCUUGGACCGGUCGGGAAGUUUGGUCCUCGGCGGCCGCCGUCCAGGGAAGGUGUGUAAGGAGAUCGGGUGCUGGGGUGGCAGAACCGUCCUUGCGGUCCCGGCUGGACAUGGAAUUCGACAGCGAGGGUCUGAGACGACUACUUGGCAAGUACAAGUUCAGGGAUCUAACUGUGGAAGAACUAAAGAAUGUAAAUGUGUUUUUCCCACAUUUCAGAUAUUCCAUGGAUACCUAUGUUUUCAAAGAUAGUUCCCAGAAAGACCUGCUGAAUUUCAGUGGCACUAUUCCUGUGAUGUAUCAGGGUAAUACAUAUAACAUACCAAUUCGUUUAUGGAUUUUGGAUUCUCACCCUUUUGCUCCCCCCAUUUGCUUCUUAAAGCCAACUGCAAAUAUGGGAAUCUCAGUUGGAAAACAUGUGGAUGCUCAAGGCAGAAUAUACUUGCCCUAUCUCCAAAACUGGAGCCACCCUAAAUCUGUUAUUGUUGGAUUAAUUAAAGAAAUGAUUACCAAGUUUCAAGAGGAACUUCCCUUGUAUUCUCUGUCAUCAUCUGAUGAGGCACGGCAGGUCGACUUGCUAGCCUAUAUUGCAAAAAUCACUGAAGGCGUCUCAGAUAUAAAUUCAAAGAACUGGGCAAAUCAAGAGAAUAAAACAGUCAGUAAAAUUACUGUGGUUGGAGGUGGAGAACUGGGAAUUGCCUGCACACUAGCAAUUGCAGCAAAGGGCAUUGCAGACAGACUGGUCCUCCUAGACCUCUCAGAAGGGACUAAAGGAGGAAUGAUGGACCUCAACAUCUUCAACCUGCCUAAUGUGGAGAUCAGCAAAGAUUUAUCUGCCUCUGCUCAUUCCAAGGUGGUGAUCUUCACAGUCAACUCUUUGGGUAGUUCUCAGUCCUACCUCGAUGUGGUGCAGAGCAAUGUGGAUAUGUUCAGAGCCCUCGUCCCUGCUCUGGGACAUUACAGUCAACACGGUGUUCUGCUCGUUGCAUCUCAGCCAGUGGAAAUCAUGACCUAUGUGACAUGGAAACUGAGUGCCUUUCCUGCGAAUCAAGUGAUUGGAAUUGGGUGCAAUCUGGAUUCACAGAGAUUACAGUAUAUUAUAACAAACAUUUUGAAGGCACAGACUUCGGGAAAAGAAGUAUGGGUUAUUGGUGAGCAGGGAGAAGACAAAGUGCCCACAUGGGGUGGCCAAGAAGAAGCAGUGAGUCAUAACUCUCAGGUGCAGCUGUCCAACAGAGCCAUGGAACUGUUAAGGGUAAAAGGUCAAAGAUCCUGGUCUGUUGGACUGUCAGUAGCUGACUUGGUUGACAGUAUUGUGAAUGAUAAAAGGAAAGUGCAUUCUGUAUCGAUUUUAGCAAAGGGAUAUUAUGAUAUAAAUACCGAAGUGUUUUUAAGUUUGCCUUGCAUCCUUGGAACCAGUGGAGUGUGUGAAGUCAUUAAGACCAGAGUGAAAGAAGAUAGAGUGACUGAGAAGCUCCAAAGCAGUGCGUCCUCAAUCCAUGGUCUUCAACAACAGUUAAAACUUUGAUUCUGAAGUUCAGAGUUACUUGCGAGGAAAGGUUGUUUAAUUUUACCAGCAUAUAUAUAGGGUUGAGGACUCCUAUAUCUUAUUAUUUUCCUUACAAACUGCUUGGUUAAGGUAGGUGGUUUCUUGGUUAGCUCUGUAAUUUGAAUCCCUCGGUAGUUAGAUGAGAAGGAAAAAAAUCUGAUUUUCCUUGUCGUUCUUGAAAUAUCUAUACUGUUCUUUAAACCUACAGCAGAGAUAAACAUUCAUCUGUAAUAUGCAUCGUUUUAAAAUUAUACCCUCAACUAGCACAUUCAGCACUUUGAGAAUGUUUUGAAAGUGAUACAUUUUUUAAAAGAAAAUUGCUCUGACUGUUGUAAUAAGCAUGAUAAGCUAAAAGCCCAGUAUGGAUUAUAAUAUCUGCUAGCUGUACAUUCAAAGGAUCCACAGUUUAAGCUAUUAAUGUUUCUUCUUUAAAAUACAGUUGGGGGAGUUCCCGUUGUGGCGCAGCAGAAACAAAUCUGACUAGUAUCCAUGAGGAUGCGGGUUCAAUCCCUGGCCUCACUCACUGGGUUAAGGAUCUGGCAUUGUCGUGAACUGUGGUGUAGGUCACAGAUACAGCUCGGAUCCCCUGUUGCUGUGGCUGUGGCAUAGGUCAGCAGCUGUAGUUCCAAUUUGACCCCUAGCCUGGAAAUUUCAAUAUGCUGUGGGUGCAGACCUAAAAAAAAGGCGAAAAAUAAAAAUAAAAUAAAAUAAAAUACAGUUGGUAGUAAUGGUAAUAAAGGAUCUUUUUUCCUUUUUCAAAUUAAUUAACUACCCCUAAAAAUGGAAAAGAACUUUACAUGUACUUUAAAAUAGUAAAAAGUUAAAAUUUUAAUUUAAAAAUUUAAUUUACCCUUUAAAAUAGUAAAAAGGAAAAUCAAGGUUUUUUUUUUAAUAUCUGAAGAAAAAGUGUAGUUUAAUUUCCACUGGGACAAUACUUUCUAGAAUUUUCUAUAGUCUCUUCCUGGGCUUUAUAAGAUCUCCAACAUCUCAAGAGCUCACUGUAACAUUAGUAGAACCAUAGAAAAAUGUUUAUUUUUAGUGGAAAUAGGUUAUGAAUGAAAGCCAAGCAGUUUACUUUAAAACUAAUAUAUGAGGCUUUCAUGAAAGCCAUUGGUCUUAAUGGGGAGAGGUUGGAUGGGCUAAUGGUUCUGAGCAAAUCCUUUGCUCCUGAAAAAAUGACUUAGGGUACUUUUGCUUUGGUGAUGGGUCGAUAACAAUAUCUUUAUAUGUGAAACAUAGCAUAUUAUUAUGAAUGUGACACACAACUAAUAGCAACAACUACCAUCAACACGUCUAAUAUUUCAGGCAGUGUGAUGAGCACUUUAUUGUUACUCCUCGGGAUUAUUUAUUAAUCCUCACAAUAACUCACUGGGUUAGGAACUAUUAUCAUCAUUUUAUAGAGAAGGAAAUUGAGGUUUAGUGCUCAAGAUCUUGUGCACUUAUCCACACAACCUCUAUUUUUUCUAAGCACUAGAAGAGGUAAAAGGCCCAACAGCCAAAAUAGUUACCACGAGACCCUAAAGCUGGGGUUCUAUACUCUUACAUUCUCAUGUAGAGGUUUUUUUCAAAGUAGUUUUUAGAAAGACUGAUUCUCCGACUUCCCAGACCUGCCCUCAGCAAAUAGCAGAGGGGAAUAGGCACUGAGGUAGGUCUUUAGUUAUUUAAUCAUCAGAUACUAUUGACUGGGAGCCUGCUGUACACCGGGUGCUAUAUUAGGCAUUGUAGAUGUAGUGGUGAGCAACCCUGGACUAGGUACAAUCCCUCAUGGUCCUUAUACUCUAGUAUGGGAGAUACAGUAGUCAAAUCUCAUAAAUAAAAGUACAAUUCCAAGUAUAAUAAGUACUGCGAAGAAGUCCCAGGUGCUUUGAAAGCCUGUUAUAGAUCAACCCAAACCUGGUUACUGAGAUAGGAGCCAGGUGAUUUAUAAGGGCAGAUACAUCCUAGGUAGAGAGAAAACAAACUAAUGCUAAUUUAGCAUAAUGAUGGAUGCUUAUAAUAAUGAACUUAAAUCAUAAAGAGUGAAAUUAUAUUCAGUAUUCCAUGUUUAAGAAAGUAGAAGAGUAUUUAAUAAUGCUUGGAAAGGUUUCCACCAGAAUCAACUAGUAUAAAAACAUCAGACAUUUGAAGAGAUGAGCGUUAGUUCUGUGUAAUUUCACCUCACUGGUAGUUUAUUUUGGUGUUACUCUAACAAGUACAUCCUCACUGUCAUUUUGUAUGAAAUAGGAAAAUAAGACUACUAGGACCAUUUCUAGUAUUUUUAAACUAGCAUUUUCUCAUAUUAGACACCUAAUUAUGCUCUUGAACAAUAAUCUAAGAUAGUGUAUAAACAGAUGAAUUACUAAGAGUUCACUACAUUUAUUUUAAAAGGAACAUGUCAAUACAAUACUUAUUGGGUAUCUACUAUUAUUCCAAGUACUGUGUUAUAAUCUGAGUAUUCAAAGAUGAGUAAUAAUAGUCCUUGCCCUACAGAAGACUACAAUAUAGAAGUAAUUGUCAUAUUUCCUUGAGUGUUGAGUAUUAUAAAUCAUGUUGUAAGUUGUAUAUACAAGUCAAGAAGUAGUACCACCACCACCUAUGAUUUGGUUAUAAUUUGACAUUCAUGAUGCUCCUGUUAACUUUCACUUUUUUAUCUUUCCAAAAUCAUGUAGUGUCUAUUCUUGUGGUUUUUAGUGGGGCUUGGAUUAAAAUGCUUCUCUGAUAUUGUAAUGCAGAGAGAUUUUAUUUUCCAAUUUACAUAAAUUCCUAAGUAUCAAGAAUAAUUAAUAUAAUAAACUUUUACUUUAAAAUUA